AUGUCUAGCUCUCUAUCUUCGGACUCGACAAUUCUCAUCGUCGGUGCGGGUACCUGGGGCAUCUCUACAGCUCUGCACCUGAAAAGACGAGGAUACAAGCACGUCACUCUUCUCGAUCCUUACGCUGUACCAUCCCCCAUCUCCGCUGGCAACGACGUCAACAAGAUUCUCGAACUGGGGACUUUUGCUGCUGGUGCCGAUUCAAGCGAACGCUACGUCGCAAACACAUUGAUCAACGAAGCAACCAAAGGAUGGCUCGAAGAUCCCGUCUUCGCACCAUACUUCCACGAGACGGGAUGCAUCAUUGCUGCGACUUCAGAUGUCGGACGUGCACACAUGAACUCUGCCAGUGGCCCCAGCGAGGAUGCGGGUUGGUUGCCGCUCAAGACCAAGGAAGACUUCCAGGCGACUAUGCCAAAAGGUGUUCUCACUGGAGACUUUCCUGGCUGGGAGGGUUGGUGGAUGAAGAAAGGCUCCGGCUGGAUCCACGCGAGAAAAUCCAUGGAGAGUGCCGCCAGAGAAGCAGAACGUCUUGGCGCUGUGUUCAUCACUGGCGAAGAGAAGGGUAAAGUUGAGAGUCUGAUCUAUGAGGAUGGUGACGUCAAAGGAGCCAAGACACUGGAUGGUGUCGAGCAUCGGGCAGACCGUACGAUACUCUGCGCUGGCGCGAACGCAGGUAUCAUAUUCGACAUGAAAGACCAACUGCGACCCACAGCCUGGACACUGGCUCACAUCAAGAUGACAAAGGAAGAAUUACAGCUGUUCAAAAACCUACCAGUCCUUUUCAACAUCGAGCGAGGCUUCUUUAUGGAGCCUGAUGAGGACAAAGGCGAGUUGAAGAUGUGUGAUGAGCAUCCAGGAUAUUGCAACUGGUCGGUCGAUCCACAGAACUCUCAACGGUCGAGUAUACCUUUUGCAAAGCACCAAAUCCCUAAAGAGGCAGAGGAAAGAGCUCGAGGGUUUCUUCGCGAGACAAUGCCACACCUCGCCGAUCGACCCUUCAGCUUUGCACGUAUCUGCUGGUGCGCAGACACUCCCAAUCGGGCCUUCCUCAUAUCUAAGCACCCCGAGUAUCCCAGCCUUGUGCUUGGAUGUGGUGCUUCAGGCCACGGUUUCUGCCACAUUCCAGUCAUUGGAGGAUUUAUUACAGAUGCGAUGGAAGACAAGCUGGAUCCUCGUAUGAAGCACAGCUUCCGCUGGCGUCCAGAGACUGCAGUAAAUCGCAAGUGGGAAGAUUUACAAGAUCGAUUUGGCCCAGAAGGAUCGAACAGAAUGAUGAACUUUGGCGACAUUGUGGAAUGGACCAACAUUCAGCCAGAGAUUGCAGAAGCCAAGCUCUGA